CAUUAUUCUUCUUUUUCAUCAUCACUUGCAUGCCCAGAAAACUCUCUAAAACUACUCAUCAGCAGGAUGCUUUCUUUCACGUCCUCUCACUUCAUUUUCUUCUUCUUCUUCUUCUUCUGUAUCUUUGGUUUCAUGCUUCAAACCUAAGGUCUGUUUAACUUCUUGUUAAACCUAUUAAACUUGAAACCCAUUUUCAUUAACUCUUGUUGUGUCUCAAAUCCCUCUCAAAAUUCAAUCUUUGUGAUCAAGCUUGAGCGUUUUGGUCAAAACUGACAUGCCCAUUUCAGUUUCUUCAUGUUUCUGUUAGUUAACUCAGUCAAAGCCCUAUCUUGGUGUUUCUCCAGGCUUUCAAGCUUGGACUUGAGUUUCCUUGACUUGGUCUCUGAUCUGCUUUCAGAUCUCCAAACUUUGGAUUUCUCUGGGUUCUGGUCAGUUUUUGCUAGUUCUCAGUUCUUAUUUGCCAGAAUUCCGUAAGUUUGACUUUGAGGCUUAUGAAUAAUAGGGUUACCUGUCAAUUCAUUUUUUGUUCUUUUUUUAUAUGCUAAGUUUGUUUUUCAUUGUUGCUAGAGUGUGAAUUUUGGCUCUUGUUUUGGGGCAUGUUUAGCAAUGUUAGUGGGGUUUUGGACUGUUUUGGGUAUUUUGAGUUAUGUAAUUAGGGUUUAAAGUAUUUAUCUGGUGGUUGUGUGAAUCUGCUCUUGGUGAUUCGUGUCAAAAAAUGUCUGUAAAUGGUCAAUGUUUUGUGGAAUGGAAAGAGGAGUUUGUUUCACAGGAGCGUGGGAACCGUGUGGUUCACUAUUUUUUAAAGGAUUCUAAUGGGGAAUCUGUGCUUGCUGUUGUGGGCACUGAAAGAAGUGUUAGGCAUAUGUUCUAUGUUGUGGCUGAGGAGUUUGUGAGAGUUUAUGGUGCUCAGAAUUCGAUACAUUCUGGUUACAAAUGGAGGUCGCGAAGAGAGGUUGUAGAUUGGCUCACAUCUAUGCUAUCUAAGCAGCAUGUCCAGGGAGAUGACUCCAAAUCACCAAGCCUUGAAUCAGCACAACCAUCAGGGUCUCCUGAAUAUCCUAAGAAUGGGGUCAGAACUCCAAAGAUCCAAAUACCCGAUGAGAUGGGCCGUCUAAGGAGUAUGAAUGGAUGUGAUUCAGAUAUUAUGUGGUCAGGCAAUGCAUGGACAUGUGGAAAACAGCUCAAACAUUACCGUGCUUUCUGCAGGAAUGGAACCACAAUAGCGAUUCAGUCCUUUGUCUUUGUCAUGGCCAAGGGAGAAAAUCACUAUGUUGCAUAUUUAGAAGAUAUGUAUGAAGACAAGAGGGGACAGAAAAAGGUCAAAGUGAGAUGGUUUCACCACGGUCAGGAAGUUAAAGGUGUUGUGUCUCUGCGUAAUCCUCACCCGAAAGAAAUUUACAUCACCUCCCAUGCACAGGUCAUUAGUGCAGAAUGUGUUGAUGGUCCUGCCAUAGUCUUAACUCGUGAACAUUUUGAAAAAUGUGUGGCUGCAUUUCCAAAUGCUUUGUUAGCCAGAAUACAUUUUUGCACUAGACAGUUUAGAAGCAACAGGUUGAAGCCCUUUGAUUUGAGUAAAUUGCAUGGCUAUUAUGAGCAACCACUUAUCUCUCUCUUGAACUCAAGUCCCUUCCGGGAGACUGACAUGGAAGAAGGUGAACUGCCUCCUGGUGAGAAUUUAAAGCUGGGAACCAAGAGGACAAGACAUGUUAGGGGGAGUAAAAUGGCAGAUAGUUUGAGAGUUGAAUCUGGGAGGGGUUACAAUCUGAUGAGGUACGAGCCUUCAUUCAAGAACUUGAAAUAUGGUUUGUCAGGCAUAAGUUUGGUUUCCCUCAAGCAGAUUGAGUAUCAGCCUUGGACUAGUCCUUUGUAUGAGGUUGAUGAAAAGAUAGAGUUGCUGUGCCAAGACAGUGGCAUUCGAGGUUGCUGGUUCAGGUGUGUCAUCUUGCAGGUAUCCCGGAAACAGAUUAAGGUCCAAUAUGAUGAUCUGCUAGAUGAAGAUGGAUAUGGCAACCUUGAGGAGUGGGUCCCAUUGUACAAAGUGGCUAUACAUGAUAAACUUGGAAUGAGGUGCUCUGACCGCCCAACAAUCCGACCGGCCCCUCCUAAUGUUCAGGCAGACCUUUCACUUGAUAUUGGGGCUGCAGUUGAUGCAUGGUGGAGUGAUGGCUGGUGGGAAGGGGUUGUAACUGGAUUUGACAGUGGUAGCAAUGAUAAUCUGCAAGUAUAUCUUCCUGGUGAGAGCUUUUUCUUGAACAUGCACAAAAAGGAUAUCAGAAUUUCUAAAGAUUGGGUCCGGAACCAGUGGGUUGAUAUUGAGGCAAAACCUGACAUACUCACAGCGAUAUCUGCAGUUCUUAACCCGGAUAAUAAAGUUUCCGUGUCCUCAACUGUUGCCAAGGAUGUCAAGCCUGGUUGUUUGGAUAUGUCAUAUACUGAUGUUCCUAGUAGUACUAAACUCGAUAUCACUGAAGGUGAGAAACCAAAGUUAGACACUUUAGCCAGUUGUGAUAACCUAAAAGAAGAAGACAUGGAUCGUUUCAAUGAGGAGAAGCCUGCAUCACAAGAAGUUAACAGGGAAGGGGGUGAUGAUGUAAAUGUGAGUUCUGAUGAAGUACAUGGUGUCCAAUGCAUUGAUGCAAAAGAUAUUGAUGAGACAAAGGAUGAUAAUGACGACAAUAGAAGCAAGUCUGAUGCUGAGGAUUUAGAGACCUCUGAGUGUAACCAUAAAACAGCAGAACUUGUGGAUGUGCCAGCAUGAAAUUCAAUGCAGAAGUUAGUAAAGCCUUAAAUAAUGAUGAUUAAGGUGCUUUGUUGUUGUCUAAUUUGAUAAGGUUUAUAGCUUGGUGGUCAGGAUGCUUGUAAAUAGUGGGCACUGGCAAUGUGGAAAGUCGUGUUUUUUUGUUUAACUUAGUGGCCUUAGAUGUAUUGUACAGAAAUGAGAGUAGAAUUUUAGGGUCUAGCUGAUUGAUUUAGAAUUGGUUCUAGUCUGGCAUUAGGUUUUCCUUCAGUAAGAAGCUCUCCAAUUGAGUCAGCUAUCUGCCUUGUUGACUCACACCACUGCAUCUUGAAGGUACCUUGUAACACCAAGUAUGUAUUCUCAUUGUGCCUGAAUUACCCGUAACUCUCUUAUAUUCUUGUGAACAUUCAAAAUUUAGUGCAGUCUUACUAUAAAGUAACCAGGGGUGGAUUCGAACAUA